ACCCUCAGCCCCAACAAGAUGCUUUCAAAAAAACAAAAAAACAAAAAAAAAACACCCGAAACUCGACGGUUUCGUUGAUUCCCCUAUCCAUGUAAUGGUCAAACACCAUCGCGAUGAGUAGUGGGACCACUGUCAACACUUCGUCAUCAUCAUGCGGGUUCCUCGCUGCAUUAGACCGUUUUAAGAAGGCAUCGGGGUUAACAAGGGCGGAAGAGGCCGACUUCCAGAUGACGACUCUUGAUGAGCUUAAGAGUUGUAUACGGACCAUCCAACAAGACCAGGAACAAAAAAGGAGAAUGAUGUAUAUGAGGCGGUUGGAUCCGUACCUGCAGACAAUGGAGCAAUAUGGGAAAGUGCUGGAUGUUUUCGUGAACACCUCUGAAAUCGUAGCUUUCAUUUGGGGUCCUAUGAAGUUCAUUCUGCUCAUUGUAAUGACAUAUUCCGAUGCUCUUCACUCUGUAUUGGAUACGUAUCAAGAUAUUGGGGAACAAAUACCUCUUCUCAAGGGUUAUCAACAAUUUUUUGCCUCAAAUGCGCACAUGAAGAUUGUUCUCGUUCAAAUUUACGAAGACAUUCUUGAAUUUCAUAGAGAAACCAUUAAAUAUCUCAAGCAGCGAUUGUGGAAACAGUUGUUUCAAGCAACUUGGAGGGGAUUUACGGUGAAAAUUCAACAUUUGAAAGAUAACUUGAGACGCCAUAGGAGCCUCAUCGAGAGUCAUGCGACAAUCGUCCAAUUUGAAGAGAUUCAAAGACUUCGCGAUUGCGCCAAGCGCGAGUUUGAGGCUCACAGUAGAGCUGAGACUGAUCGGCGUCGACAAAGAGUCGUCCAAUGGCUUUCUGCUUUCAAUGCGGAAGGCCUGCAGUGCAAGUAUAGGGAAAUGAGGUCAAUUAGUGGAGAUGCUGGUCGCUGGCUUAUUACCGACUCACGGUUUCAGAAAUGGCUCGAUCCGCAUCGAUGCCAGUGGCCUUUACUAUGGAUCAACGGCAUACCAGGUGCUGGCAAAACCAUCCUAGCAUCUGUUAUCGUGGACGAAGUUCGUUGCACUUCUCAAGUAUCAAACGCUUUCUUUUAUUGCAAAUACGGAGACCUCUCUCGAAAUACGUUUGUUAGUGUUGCUAGGUCACUGCUGGUACAAUUACUCGAGCAGAACAGUCACCUUCUACAGCCCCUUUACGAGAAGGCCUCGAUAAGCGGUGAGGUUGAACUUACAUCAAAGACUAUGGCAAAGGAUUUACUUUGCACAGCCUUGAAUAGCUGCGGUACAACAUACAUUAUUCUAGAUGGCCUGGAUGAAUGUGGUCGCGAGAGCAGAAAAGAGAUCACUACUUGGUUUGAAUCAAUCAUCGAUGAUCUACCCCCAGCAGACGUAGGCACUAUACGUUGCCUUUUCGUGAGUCAGGAUGAUGGAGUGGCGCGCAAAGACUUUGCACUGGUUCCUUCUAUCAAGAUCCAGCCCUCAGACAAUAAAAGUGAUCUGAGGAACUUCGCGGAAGCCUGGCACAAACGCCUGGAGGAAAGAUUUGGCACGCUUCGAGGAAAUGCACAUAUCACUAAUAUUAUUUACGCAAGAGCUCAAGGCAUGUUUCUAUUUGCAAAGCUGCUAGCUGAGCAUUUCUAUGGCCAAUCGUCAAGAGAAAACUUGCUUCUUGAACUAGAUCCAGCAGUUUUGCCCGUAGAACUAGACGAUGCCUAUUCUCGAAUAUUACAGCGUAUCACCGAAGGCAAAUCACAAAAUCUCAUAGCAGAGAUACAUAGGAUACUCGGUUGGGUUGUAUGCGCCCCAAGACCGCUGAGAUGGCGGGAGAUUCAAGCCACCAUAUCUUUAGACCUCGAAAAUCAGGAGGUCAACCACGAACGCCGGCUACUAGAUACCCCCAAGGACCUUUUUGCUUCUCUCGUUGAACUUCAGCCCAACGAUACUGUGGACUUAAUACAUAGUACAGCUCGAGCGUAUCUCAUAAGAUCAAGUACAACUAUCCCAGUGAAUACUCAUCUUUCGUUGGCAUUAACGAGUGUUGGAUUCCUUGGAUUCCCAGAGAUUGACAUAAGUAGAACCGAGGAGGAACUUAAGGACGAUAUUACUGAAGGACGGCUCGCUUUUUACGACUACGCUUCGGCUUGCUGGACAAUUCACCUUCAGACAGGAAUUCGGCAUGAAGAGGGUGGAAAAAAACUUACUCCACUCAUCGAGACACUGGAGGCAUUUAUCGACCUACACUGGUCCAAGACCGCGAAACUUUUGGUAAUCUCAAAAACGACCCACGAGGGUCUGAAGCCAUUGUCUCAAUCCGGAUUAUAUACAAAAAUCGCCCAAGCCGUAGGGUGGUCAAAAAAGCAACUAGGCGAAGGCGGGCGGGGACCUUCCGAAGAGGAGGCACUUGACUUACAGCGGAUAACAUCAAAGCUUAGAGCAGUACUAGAGAAAUGCUACUCAACCCUAUCGCAGCGCGAAAGAGAGGGACUGGAACAGUUCUACGGUCAGAAAUGGUUCAAGUGCCCGAGAAUCAACUGCUACUUUUACCACGAAGGAUUCAACCGUGGUAACGAAAGAGACGAUCACAUGGCGAGACACGAGCGGCCCUUUAUGUGUAUCGUCGAUGGUUGUCACAUGGCGACUUUCGGAUGUGUCACAGAGAGUGCCUUGAAAGCACAUCUAUUUGAAUACCACGGUGUUGAUCUUCUUGAUGAAAUGGAAUUCCCUGAACCGAAGAAACCAACUACCAGUUUGUCUAAAAAUGAAGCAACCUACAGUUGCUCCCUGUGUGCUAAGAAGUUCACUAGAGCUUUCAAUUUAAGGUCUCACAUGCGGACACAUACAAACGAGAAGCCGUUCGUAUGUUCAACAUGCGACGAACGGUUCACUCGUAAGAAUGAUUGUGCCCGCCAUGAACGUGGUCAUGGGGAAAAGAAAUUCAAAUGCACGGGCCCGCUGGAAGAUGGAACUUCCUGGGGCUGCAAAGCAGCAUUUGGUCGUGCUGACAAGUUGGCAAGUCACCUUCGAAGCAAGAACGGGCAGAAAUGCAUUCGCCCUCUUAUUAUGCAGGAGUUGCAGAAUGGGCGUCGGCCUUCGGAUGGAAACGACUUUUUAAUCGAUCGUUUGGACCUCGACGCGGAUAAUUUGUUGUCGGCUGGCACUGGACUCCCGACUUUUGCCGAGUUCUUAGAUCUCUGUGGGCUUAACAAGUCGAUUAUUGAUCCUGAUAAACACGAAGAGCCGGAAGAUUCUAAGCAUUGAACGUAGACCCUGACUAAUACGUCAUGAUCAACUAUUGGGCAUUGAUUUUCUAUGAUAGUUUAGCCCGAAUCGUACAGUAUGAAGCCGUGCUAAAUGCACGCCAUGCAAAUACUCCUUCUUGUACCAUUAUAGCACUGUAAUUUUGAGGUCUUAGAAUAAAUGAAUGAGUACCUAGGUACCUAUUACCUAAGUAUUUUCCAGGUGUUAUGGAAUGGCAUGCAUAUGAACCACGUGACGGCCCUUCGCAGAGAUUUUGGUUUCAAUAUCCAGGGCUGUGUUUGUCAAGUUGCUAGGGAUGUGGGUCCCGCUGGGUAGGGCAGGGCCUCUGGCAUUGAUUGGUGCAAAAGGAACCGGCGCUAAACCAAAAUAGUAGACAUGGUGGUUGCUGCCUCCAUGCAGCAGAUAUCUCCGAGAGC